AUGCGACAACCGUUGAAAGCUCUCGAUUUUGACAAGCAGUUCCGAGGCCUGUUGUUUGAUUAUGUGCAUCACUUCAGCGAGGUAAGUUUUCCCGAGCAGGAGGCGUACCCUGACGUGUUCACAAAGGUUGGUGUUCUUUUCUACGACCGUGCUGCCGUCCUAUUUUCCAUCCAUGAACGAUUGAAAUUUGACGGAGAGAAGAAAGAAUUCCUCUUCCCCGUCAGGUUGCUGACAAAUGCUGGUGAUGGUGCAGAAGCAGUACGUGUGGUCAUCAAGCAAGUUGCUGACAACUUCUAG